AUGGCUAACAUAGACCUAGAUAAGCCCCGCUUUGACCAGAAUACAUACACGGGUCGAGCGAAACAUUUCCUGCUACUCACCAACCCGCUUAAUCUUUUGGCUUCCGAAUCCGACCUGGAUGAAGCGAAGAAGAUUGUUACUGAAUUUAGGAAAACUCGGAAAUUGCCCCCUGGGUACGACGCAGACAAAUUAUGGGCGACUAAAUACUUGUACGAUAGUGCGUUCCACCCGGAUACUGGCGAGAAGAUGCUCGCCAUUGGUCGGAUGUCCGCGCAGGCGCCGAUGAACACCUUAAUCACCGGAUGUAUGAUAACGUUCUACAAGACAAAACCAGCGAUCAUUUUCUGGCAGUGGAUCAAUCAGACGUUCAACGCUGUCGUCAACUACACGAAUCGCUCCGGAGAUGCGCCAAUCACUACCAAGCAACUGUUCGCAUCUUACUGCGCGGCCUGUGGUGGUGCCUUAACUACUGCGUUGUACCUCAACAGCAAAACAAAGAACAUGAACCCAAUGUUCUCGCGGCUAGUGCCAUUUGCGGCUGUCUGCGGAGCUAACUUCAUCAAUAUCCCUAUGAUGAGGAGCAAUGAAUUGAUGAAUGGCACUCCGGUAUUCACGGUGCCAGAUGGACAGCGGGUGGGUGACUCGGUGACGGCAGCACGCGUCGGGAUAUUCCUCGUCUGUAUAUCUCGUGUGGUGAUGGCUGUCCCCGGAAUGACGAUCACGCCAGCCAUAACGAACUGGGCCACGAAGCGCGGCAUGUUCUGCCACUACCCGCUGGCGGUGAUCCCGUUCCAGCUGUCGCUGGUGGGGUUGUGCGUGACGUUCGCCACGCCGCUGGCGUGCGCGCUGUUCCAGCAGCGCGCCACGCUGCCCGUCGCCAACCUCGAGCCCGACCUGCAGGAAUUUGCAAAGAAGAAAUUCCCUAAGACGACCACAGUGUAUUACAACAAGGGAUUGUAA